CAACGGGCUUCGCUUCCGAUCUGCCCAGCACCCAGACCUGUUCAUACUGCUCCAGCACAAGCAUCGCUGGCAGCCACACAUCACCGGGAUGGUCCUUGGGCACACUUUCGGCAGCGCUCGGGCUGCCAUACGUCGGCAGUUGGUUUCGCCGCUCCGCUGCAACAGCUGGAUCAAUCCUCCCCAACAACGAUGGAUCGGCGUGUUUGCCCAGUACCGAAUUGAUCUCUGGACCCAGGAGCUCGAGCGGCAGCGGGCGGCAGCACCGAACAACGAGCAAAUCAUCGCCAUCACUCUACCAAAUGGGCCCACAAAGCAUGUCCAAGCAGGAUCGGUGCGGCCUCUUGAUAUCGCCUUGGAAAUCAACCCAAACGCUCGUCAGGACUAUCUCUUCGCCAGCACCAACACCAAGACUUGGGAUCUCGGCCGUCCCCUCACCGAUUCAUGUGCUCUCGACUUUACCAAAGCCGAUACAGACGACGAGACCGCGCUGGAUUCGCUGUGGCAUUCGGGAGCACAUGUUCUCGGAUGGGCACUUGAAACCAAGUAUGGCGACGACAUCCUGCUGUGCGAUGGGCCGGCCCUCAAGCUGGGCGGAUUCUUUUACGACGGAAUCGUGAAACGCAACUACAGCCCUCCCUGUCUGGAUGCUGACGCCGAUCCAGACCUCGUCGAAGCCGCUGUGCGAGAGCUGCUCAAGCCAGACAGCCGAUACGGCUCUACCUACAACCUGAACGAUGCCGAUCUCAAAGAGAUCGAUAGCAUUGCCAAGAAGCUCGCCAAGAAAAACGCCGAAUUUCGCCGACUCCAAGUCACUCGCCAGUUUGCCAGCCAAAUGUUCAAGCACAAUCCCUUCAAGCUCAGCUUUCUGCAACAGAUUCCCGAGAGCGAUCCGGUGACACUCUACCGGUGCGGCGAUUUUAUCGACCUCUGUCGCGGGCCGCAUGUGUAUUCGACUGGGCAGGUCCGGGCCAUCAAGCUGUUGCGCACCGGCGGUUCGCAGUGGGAUGAUCACCCCAUAGCUGGAGCCUCCAAAGGAUACCAGCCUUUGUCGAGAGUCAACGGCAUUGCGUUCCCGUCGGCGACUCAGCUCAAGGACUGGGAGUAUCGCCAGGAGGAGGCUGCCCGCCGAGAUCACCGAGUCAUUGGCAAAGCCCAGGGACUCUUUUCAAUGAACCCCCUUUCGCCCGGAUCGGCGUUUAUGCUGCCUCACGGCACCCGGAUUGUCCAGCGCCUGUUGGACUUUCUGCGGAGCGAAUACCGGCGGUACGGCUACGAAGAAGUCGCUACUCCACUGCUCUUCAACAAGGAGCUCUGGGUAAAGUCUGGCCACUGGGAAAACUACAACGAGGAUAUGUUCGUGGUCCGGGGAAGCGACGGAAUCGAGAACAUCAUCAAAGCCGGUCACGGCCACGGCUGCUCCCAUCACCACCACCAAGCCGACAGCGCCGAGGCCGAGGCCGAUGGUGCAGAGGAAAUCCACUGUCUCAAGCCAAUGAACUGCCCUGGCCAUUGCUUGCUCUUCGACAGCACCAUGCACUCGUACCGCGAUCUGCCCGUGCGCUAUGCCGAAUUCAGUCCGUUGCACAGAAACGAAGCCUCAGGCGCUCUCACUGGUCUGACCCGGGUCCGUAAGUUCCAUCAAGACGAUGCCCACAUAUUCUGUACGGUCGACCAGAUCUUCCAAGAAAUCUCGUCGACGCUCGACUUUGUCCAGCGGGCAUACAAAAUCUUCCAAUUCCCGACAUACGAGCUGACGCUCUCCACGCGGCCCGAGAACUUCCUGGGCGACAUUGCCGAGUGGACCAAGGCUGAAGAGGCCCUCACCAAGGCUCUGGACCAGACCGGACGGCGAUGGAAGAUCAACCCAGGCGACGGGGCGUUCUAUGGCCCCAAGAUCGACGUCCUUGUCCGCGAUGCCUUGAAUCGCAGCCACCAAACCGCAACCAUCCAGCUCGACUUCCAGCUGCCGCAGCGAUUCGGCCUCAAGUAUCAGUCCGAGACUGGCGACUUCAAGACUCCCGUCAUUGUGCAUCGGGCCAUCCUCGGAAGCUUCGAGCGAAUGCUGGGCGUGCUUAUCGAACACUUUGCGGGCAAAUGGCCCUUCUGGCUGAGCCCCCGCCAGGCCACGGUCAUACCUGUAUCGGAAGCAUGGGCCGAGUAUGCCCGGCAAGUCCGCAACCGGCUCGCUGUUGCGUCUCUCCCUGGUCGCACCGACCCAUCCAGCGGUGUGUACGACCGCUACUAUUACGUCGAUGUCGAUGCCUCGGACCGUACCCUCAACAAGCGAGUCCGAGAGGCACAGCUGGCGCAGUACAACUUUGUCCUGGUUGUUGGGGCGAAGGAGGCCGAGACAGAUAGCGUCAGCGUCCGGGGACGCGACGGCAAAGACCAUGGUACGAUGAAGGUCGAUGAUGUUUUGCGCAUGUUCAUGCGGCUGGAGGCCGACUUUGAGUAGCCAUCGCAAGUGCAAGGCAAUACAUAGAGCCACCGCUCCGCAACCUAUGUCCUCGGGCACGAUCGCAACUGCUACCGCGAGACUCCGAGCCGACACGGGGCAACUGUGGACAUCAAACCCACUCGACACUGCGUCGAUAAGUAGAUACAUCUGAU